AUGAAGUUUAUGGAGGAAGUUGUGGAGGAAAACGAAGUUAAGCCUUUGACUGCUGAGCAAUUGGAGCGAUUUGAGUCGGAGUCUGAGUCUGAGUCAGAUGACAGCCUAAACGACGAAGAAGAGGAUGGUGAUGAUGAUGACGAGGACGACGAGGACGACGACGAUGUGGACGAAGACGACGACGACGAUGAGGAUGAAGACGAGGACGAUGACGACGAUGUGCAGGAGGUCGUACAGUCCUCUGGAGGUCCUCCAGUUCAGUCGGUCGAUGACGAAGACGAUGAGGAUGAAGACGACGAAGAAGGUGAAGGAGGUGACGAUGAUGAUGACGGCGAGGGAGACGACGACGACGAUGACGACGAGGGCGAGGCUGAAGAGGAGGAUGAUAUAGGAACGGAGUACCUUGUCCGGCCAGUAGGGCGUGCAGAGGAUGAGGAAGAUGCGAGCGAUUUUGAGCCAGAAGAGAAUGGAGAAGAUGAAGAUGUGGACGAAGAAGAAGAUGAGGACGAUGAUGCGGGCGGGAAGGUGGAGGCUCCUCCAAAGAGAAAGAGAUCAUCAGACAAGGAUGAUUCAGAUGGUGAUGAUGGUGGAGAGGAUGAUGAGAGACCCUCCAAGAGAUAG